CUUAGCAUAAACUUGCUCUCUUGUGCGUGUUUUUCUCGUUUAAGACAUUACAUAAGUUAAGGAAGUAAUAUAACAAUUUUAAUGUUACGACUUUAUUACUGAUUUAAAGUUAAUUACAAAGACUACGUUUUUUUUAUCUAUUGUGUUAUCUGGUUAAACUAUGCUAGUGCUAGUCAAUAUAUUUAAAAAAAAAGAAGAAGCUGGGAUGCUACCCACUGAUAACUUCACAUCCCGUCUGCUUAAAAGGUGAUCAUUUUAACUACAAAAUCCCUAGUGACUGGAAGAAGAUGUAUCCAGAGUGCAGUGGAGAAAAGCAAUCACCAAUAGCAAUUAAAUAUUCUGAGGCUUGGCAAAUCGAUCUCCCUCCUCUUGGAUUCAUUAACUAUGAUGUUCCUAUGGGUGCUCACGUAAAAGCUGUGAACAAUGGCCACACUGUUCAAAUCGAUAUUCCGCAUAUGCACACUUAUAAUGCCCCUUAUGUAUACGGUGGGGGACUUGACGCUGUGUACAAAUUGAAAGGCUUACAUUUUCACUGGGGCUCACCUGGACAGCCAGGAUCUGAACAUUCAAUUGACGGCAAUAGAUAUGAUCUAGAAUUGCAUGUUGUUCACAAAAAAAUUCCCUAUAACACAUUAGAAGAAGCAAGGUCAGAUCCAUUGGGAAUUGUGGUUUUAGCUGUUCUUUUUCAAGGAGUUCAGGAUGGUACUAUUGGAACAACUUAUCUGGAUGGUUUUUUCGAAUCAUUACCACAUUUGUCAGAAUUCGAAUCUCACAUCAAUCUUGAACUUAUGACAAUGGAGAACUUUUUGGUUCAUUUAAACACUGAGGAUUUCUUUAUGUAUAAUGGUUCAUUGACUACUCCACCUUGUCCUGAAGCAGUUAUUUGGUAUGUUUUCCCAGAUGUUCGACCAAUUCAAUAUAAACACCUUGAACAAUUUUGGGGCCUUCAUGAUGAUAUGAGCGAACUUUUGCUUCAAAACGAGAGACCUAUACAGCCAAUUAAUUCCAGAAAAGUCUUUUUCCGUAAGGGGUACAAAAAUGAAUAUAAUAACUUAUAUUAAAGAUGAGUAUAAUUUAUAAUGCCAAUUAAAACCGAGUUUCACAAACUUU